UUAACAGCUGACCGCGGACGCGCAUGCAAACGUUUUUGCGGCUUUUGUUAUAAUUUUUUUUUUGUUUUGCAAUGAUGACUGAAAAAACCAAACCAACGCUGCAAGUUGAAUUGAAUUUCGAUGAGGAGGAUGUGCCGUACGAGGAGGAGAUACUACGCAAUGCGUACUCCGUUAAGCAUUGGCUGCGCUACAUCGAUCACAAGGCCAAAGCGCCCAACAAUGGCGUCAAUUUGGUAUAUGAGCGCGCGCUGAAAGAACUGCCUGGCAGUUAUAAGAUCUGGUACAACUAUUUGCGAACGCGCAGGAAGCAGGUGCGCGGCAAAAUACCCACAGAUCCCAUGUACGAGCAGGUGAACAACACUUUCGAGCGUGCUUUGGUUUUCAUGCACAAAAUGCCCCGCAUCUGGAUGGAUUACGGGGUAUUCAUGAGCUCCCAGUGUCGGAUUACGCGCACCCGUCACGUCUUCGAUCGUGCAUUGCGUGCGCUGCCCAUUACACAGCAUGGACGCAUUUGGCCGUUGUAUUUGAAGUUCGUCAAACGCUACGAGAUGCCCGAAACGGCAUUGAGGGUCUACAGGCGCUAUCUGAAACUGUUCCCUGAGGAUGCCGAGGAGUAUGUGGACUACUUGCAGGAGGCACAACGUCUGGAUGAGGCGGCCCAGCAGCUGGCACACAUUGUGGACAACGAGCAUUUUGUGUCGAAGCACGGCAAAUCGAAUCAUCAGCUGUGGAACGAGCUAUGCGAUCUGAUAUCGAAGCAUCCCCACAAGGUGCACUCGCUAAACGUGGAUGCAAUCAUACGUGGUGGACUGCGACGUUACACGGAUCAGUUGGGCCAUCUGUGGAACUCUCUGGCCGAUUAUUAUGUGCGCUCCGGUUUAUUUGAUCGUGCCCGCGACAUCUACGAGGAGGCGAUCCAAACGGUGACAACGGUUCGUGAUUUCACACAAGUUUUCGAUGAAUACGCUCAGUUUGAGGAGUUGUCGCUGAACAAACGCAUGGAGCAGGUGGCCAACGAUGAGGAGGCCAACGAAGAGGAUGAUAUCGAUGUGGAGCUGCGUCUAUCGCGCUUCGAGUAUCUCAUGGAGCGGCGACUGCUACUGCUGAAUAGUGUGCUGCUGCGUCAGAAUCCGCACAAUGUGCACGAGUGGCACAAACGUGUGAAACUCUACGAGGAUCGACCCGAGGAGAUCAUCAAUACGUAUACGGAGGCGGUGCAGACGGUGCAGCCAAAGCUGGCGGUGGGUCAACUGCACACAUUGUGGGUGGAGUUUGCCAAGUUCUAUGAGACGAAUGGUCAGGUGGAGGAUGCCCGCGUUGUCUUCGAACGGGGCACCCAAGUUGAGUACGUUAAAGUCGAGCAUCUGGCUGCCGUGUGGUGCGAGUGGGCCGAGCUGGAGCUGCGUCAGCAACAAUUCGAGGCAGCUCUUAAACUGAUGCAGCGGGCCACGGCGAUGCCCAAGCGAAAGGUUGCCUACCACGAUGAGACGGAAACGGUCCAGCUGCGUCUCUAUAAAUCCCUAAAAGUGUGGUCCAUGUACGCUGAUCUGGAGGAGUCCUUUGGCACCUUCAAGACCUGCAAAGCCGUCUAUGAGCGGAUAAUUGACCUCAAGAUUUGUACACCACAGAUAAUCAUUAAUUACGGACUGUUUCUCGAGGAGCACAACUACUAUGAGGAGGCGUAUCGUGCCUAUGAGAAGGGCAUUGCUUUGUUCAAAUGGCCAAAUGUCUAUGACAUCUGGAAUUCGUAUCUGAGCAAGUUCCUCGAACGCUACGGCGGCACCAAAUUGGAGCGUGCUCGCGAUCUCUUCGAACAGUGCCUGGAUCAGUGUCCACCGGAGCAUGCCAAGUAUUUCUAUUUGCUCUACGCCAAGUUGGAGGAGGAGCAUGGCCUCGCCCGGCAUGCCAUGGCUGUCUAUGAUCGCGCCACCAGCGCCGUCAAGGAAGAGGAGAUGUUCGACAUGUACAACAUAUUCAUCAAGAAGGCAGCGGAAAUUUAUGGACUGCCACGCACUCGAGAGAUCUACGAGAAGGCAAUUGAAGCGUUGCCGGAACAGAAUAUGCGACACAUGUGCGUCAAGUUUGCGGAGCUGGAGACCAAACUGGGUGAAGUGGAUCGCGCCAGGGCCAUCUAUGCGCAUUGCUCGCAGGUCUGUGAUCCUCGCAUUACGGCCGACUUCUGGCAGACAUGGAAGGAGUUUGAGGUGCGUCAUGGCAACGAGGACACGAUGCGUGAAAUGCUGCGCAUCAAGCGCUCCGUGCAGGCCACCUACAAUACGCAGGUCAAUAUGAUGGCCGCUCAGUUUCUCAAUACGGGCAAUGGUGCUGCUGCCGAUGCAGGUGCCGGUUCUGGCUCGGAUGCAAUGCGUCUGUUGGAGGAGAAGGCGCGACAGGCGGCGGCGGCGGCGGUGGCAGAGCAAAAGCAAAAGCCACCAGAAAAGGCUGCCUCCAAUAUUAUGUUUGUGCGUGGCGAGACGCAAGGUGGGGCCAAGGACAAGGCAAAUACAGUCGUUAAUCCUGAUGAGAUUGAUAUUGGCGACAGCGACGAAGAGGAUGAGGACGAUGAUGAUGAUGAUGAUGGUGGAGAGCAGGAGGGAGGCACUGAGCAGGCAGCAGAAGCAACAGCCACAAAAACAGAUGAUGAGGGUCUCGUAAUGAAGAAGCUGCGUUUCGAACAAAAAGCGAUUCCUGCCAAGGUCUUUGGCAGUUUGAAGCCCAACAAACAGCAAGACUCUGAUGACGAAUAGAACCAAUAAUAUUGAAGAAUUUUACAAGCAAUUUUCUGCACUUGAUAAGGAUAAUGCUUCAAUGUCUUGUUAUCAAUCACUAAAUUAUAUAACCUUCAGCAAAAUAA